CUUACAGCGCGACAACUGUGUCUUGACUUGACUUGCCCAGGCAAUUUAUCAUUCAACCAACGCUUGUCGUUGAAUUCCUUUGCACAAGCUAGCUACGUGGAUCUCGACUAUACAAGCCCAAUAGUCAUCCGUCAAUAUGCCUAAGAAUAAGGGAAAGGGAGGAAAGAACCGAAGGAGAGGAAAGAAUGAGAACGACAACCUGAAGCGCGAGAUGCCUCGCGUGACCAUGGUCGACUCAGAGAACGAGCCCUGGAAUGAGUACGCCACCAUAGUUUCAGCCAAGGGCGGUGGUAGCUUCAAGGGCAUCUGCUACAUCCACAAACAGCACAUGGCCGACUUCAACGUGCCAACAAGCAGCGCUCCCGACAAGGAGGGCUUCUACGUCACUGAGAGGCAUCUUCAGAUCCGUGGAAAGCUCCGAAAGAAGCAAUGGGUGCAAGCCGGUGACUUGGUCCUUAUGCAGGUUUGGCCUAACGAGCGACACAAGGGCAGUAUCGUCGAGCGCUACCCAUCCGACGAGGCCAGAAAGAUCAAGGAAGAGCACGAACUGCCGAGCUACGUCAGGAUCAACGAGACGGAUGUUGGAGGAGAGAACAGGGACGACGACGACGGUUUCGAGUUCGCUGAGGUUGCAGGAGAGGACUCUGACGAGGAUUCAUCAGACGACGGCAAGGGACCGAUCGACAUUGAUGAUAUUUGAAAAUGUACACGGAACACAGGCUCAAGGAUUCGGAAGAAUGAUAGCUUCAUCACUCGCACAGACUCUGAGACAAGUGGAAAUUUGCACUCGAUUUUGGUUGCUGUGUUUUGCCUUGAAAAAAAAUCGGUAUCGGCUCAAUGCUAGGAACCGGGAGCAAGAGUGGAUGGGAAAAGUUACAAUUGAAUGAUAACAAUUCUUACCCACAUCGGCCACCACAAGCAAUCAAUAUUGUCUUGCCUCCAUUGUCAAAUUAAAGAUUGUAGAUAUAGUUAUUGGUGUAGUUGUUGCCUUGAUCUAUUUCUAGCUUGC